UGCGAAAUCUUAACAGCCUAACAUAGUUUACAAAUCGGAGAUAGUAGAUUGAGUGACAGCUGCCAAAAUUUGUUCAACUUGUUUGUGUUUAGCAUUUCGAGCAACGUGAUUUUAUUUCAACUGUUUUCCCGGAAGCAAACCAUCAUUUUUGUGCCUAAAUCUUUGGCGGAAAAGUAUCCAAUCAUUAUCAACUUGCGUUGUGCGAUGUCAUUUCCCAGUUUAUAACAAAAGACAAAUUUAAUAUUAAAGGAGAAAAGGAUGGGUGAAAAGCGAGGAAUGCGAGCGUUGGAAUUAUGGUGCCGUCGUGUGACCGAUGGGUACAGGAAUGUCCGAGUAAAUGACAUGUCUAGCUCCUGGAAAGAUGGUCUAGCAUUCUGUGCUCUGAUUCAUCAUUUUCGACCUGAUCUCAUAGACUUCGAAUCACUGUGUAAAGAGAAUAUGCUGUAUAACAAUGCUUUAGCAUUUCAAGUAGCUGAAGAAAGAUUGGGCAUUCCUGCUUUGUUAGAUGCUGAAGAUAUGGUCAAGUAUGAUGAACCUGAUACGCUCAGCAUUGCCACUUAUGUUUCUCAGUUCUACCAGUUUUUUGAAAAUGGUGCACCUCAAAAAAUCGGAAUUCCUGCCCCCAAGCUGUUCAAGGCAUUGUCAUCUCUCUGCAGCGACCUCCCGGCAACAAAGGCACAGACCUAUAAACAA